AUGAAUAAUCAUACUACAAGCAGAAUUAAUGUUUAUAUUUCUAAUAAUUAAGAUUAAAAAUAUUAAUAGUCGUUUCGAUUUACUCAAAUAAUCUCAUUCACAUAAAGGAUAAUCUAAAUUCAUUAGGAAGAUCAAAAGAUCAAAAUAUAAUACUAUUUUUUUAGGUAUCCUAUAAAUUAAUUACUACUAUGUUCAAAUUAAAGAACACAGAGGAACUAUCGGAUAUAAUUAAUUACCUGAAGGUAAUAUAUGCAUAUAGUUAGUUUAUUAAUAUAAAUAUCUUCCUUUUAUCAAACCUUCUCUUCCCAAAAAAGAUGAAAAACCAAUACAAGGAUUAAAAUCAAAUAAAAAUUGA